UACUUGUACAAAUUAUUUUACUAAUGGCUUCUUCAUUUCUCUCCUUGCCUUCCCUACUACUAUUUCUCUUCUUAACAAUCACAUCUCUUCUCGUUCACUCUUCAUCUUCUAAACCACCCCGGCCGGUCCAUCUUCCUCGAACCGACCAGGUAGGAUUCCAAGUCGGCUUAACUCGGGUCGACCAUGGCCGGAACCUCACCAAAUUCCAACUCGUCGAACGAUCCGUCCGCCGCGGAAAACUCAGGCUGGAGAGGCUCGCUGAAUUGGCAACCACCACCGGCCCUGGCAAGGGCGUCCGGGCCCCGGUCUUUCCCGGGGACGGCGAGUUCCUCAUGAAUUUCACGGUCGGAUCUCAGGCCGUGCCGGUUUCCGCUAUCAUGGACACAGGCAGCGACCUCAUAUGGACGCAGUGCAUGCCAUGCACCAAGUGCUUCCACCAACCCACGCCGGUUUUUGAUCCGGUAAAGUCGUCUUCGUUGCGCAAUAUUUCGUGCACUAGCGAGUUGUGCGAGGACCCGACUGUAUUCAAGUGCGACCAUGGCUGCAAGUACUUGUAUAUUUAUGGAGACGAAUCCUCCACUCGAGGAUACAUGGCUAAAGACACAUUUAUUUUCAGGGACUCGGCGUCCAUACAUAAUGUAGUAUUUGGGUGUGGAGUGAACAAUCAGGGAUUAGGGUUGGCCGAGGGAUCAGGACUAGUGGGACUCGGACGUGGAUCGCUGUCGCUUGUGUCACAGCUACAUAUCGACAAGUUUUCGUAUUGCUUAACCUCAAUGGAGGAGGACAAAACAAGCCAAGUUUUAUUUGGAGCACUAGCUGAACUAAACUGCAGUGCUACUAGUGGCAAAACCCGUAGCACCACGCCCAUGGUACAAAACCCUUUCCAACCAUCAUUAUACUAUGUGUCGUUAAAAGGGAUCACCGUCGGGAAAACCCGAGUUCGUGUACCGAAAUCGAUGCUGAAGCCGAACAACAAAGACGGGAGUGGCGGAAUGAUCCUCGACUCUGGAACCACCCUAACGUACUUAGACGAGGACGUUUUCGGCGCGCUAAAGAAGGAGUUCACGUCACAGAUGAAACUCGGGGUUUCCAAACCGCCCGGCGCCACUGGGCUCGAUCUGUGCUUCGACUUGCCGACCACCACAGAUGUGUCUCAAGUUGCGAUUCCGAAGUUGAAGCUUCAUUUCGAGGGGUCGGAUUUGGAGCUUCCGGCGGAGAAUUAUAUGAUAUUGGAUACGCAGGACGGAGGCGGCGGAGUGGUGUGCUUGGCAAUGGCAGCAUCGAGUAGUGGGUUGUCCAUAAUUGGGAACAUCGCGCAGCAGAAUUUGUUGGUCCUGCAUGAUCUUGAGAAGGAGACUGUGUCCUUUACUCGCACUCAAUGUGACCAAUUGUAGGUUUAAUUAUAUGAGAUCUUAGAGGGUCUCUUUGAAUGAAAUGAAAAUAAAGAUCACUUCGGCUAUGGAAGUGUGGCCUAA